AUGUGCUAUCUCGUCACAUUCACCUUCGUCCUUAAACCAACUGAUUUUACGUGCGGCCUGCAACGUUUUGGUGCUGGCUUUUGCUUUACUGUUGUCUAUGCAGCACUGCUCACAAAGACAAAUCGAAUAGCGAGGAUUUUUAAAGCUGGCAAGCAGACAGCAAAGAGGCCAUCAUUUAUCUCGCCGAGAUCACAACUUAUAAUUUGUAGUUUCCUGAUCUCCAUACAGGCUCUCAUAAAUGUGAUAUGGAUCCUUAUAGCACCGACUCAUGCAAAAUAUCACUAUCCAACGCGUGAGGAUAAUCAUCUUGUGUGCGAUUCACACGUCGAUGCCUCAUACAUGAUUGCCUUCUUCUUUCCAAUCCUACUUAUCGUCAUAUGCACGGUGUAUGCUGUAUUGACGAGGAAAAUUCCUGAAGCAUUUAACGAGUCAAAGCACAUAGGAUUUACAAUGUAUACGACAUGUGUCAUUUGGCUGGCAUUUGUGCCACUUUAUUUUGCAACAGCUAAUCAUGUGCCAUUAAGAAUUACAUCAAUGUCGGUGACGAUAAGUCUCUCGGCGAGCGUAACAAUGGCAUGUCUUUUUACGCCAAAGCUCUACAUAAUCCUCGUAAGGCCCGAACGUAAUGUCAGACAAAGUAUGAUGACAGCAAAUCGAGUUAAAGGAUUAAGUAAGCCACCGACAACGGGAUCAACAUCAAUGAUGUCCACAGUUAUGGUUACCGUUACAACAUGUAAUCAAAAGGAGAAAAUCCAACGACACAUGUCGAUUGUCGAUCCAAAAGCUGUUCAGUAUUCUGCUGAAAAUACAAGUCUGAAUAAUAACAAUAACAACAACAGUCUGAAUGCGAACCACACAAUAACGUACGCAAAUAAAUCAACCCAAACAGGUGACGAGACAUCACCAACCAGUGAAUCACGAAUCGCCGAGACUCAAACUGAGACAUUCACAACUCACAGUGACAGCAUUUGCUGUCUUAAUAGCAUCCCUUACGUAGACCAAAGCAUGACACCUCCAGUCGUUCAUAAAGCAAUUGAGAAUUGCACAAUUGAAUCUAAAAAUCCAUUCACAAUUGACAGUUCAAUAUGUCCAGCAACCCAAACAGCAAUGGCUAUUGCGGCAACAGUAAAUGGCACAUCAAAUGCAACGACACAGCUUGACAAUGGCGACUUAGUGCAUCAAAUUAGUGAAAAUAACUGUAACGAAAUCUUAUAG